AUGAAAAAAUUUACGUGGUUGAUGGUAGUGGUGUUCACGCUGCUUUCCUUAUCCUUUGUGAUUUUUAAGAGCCAUAAUAAUAGUAGUAAUAUCAAUUCCGUGGAUACGUAUCAUCCUUCAGUUCCAUCUCAACCGAAGGAACAGAACGUUAAUAAUGAUGUAUUGUCCAAUGAGGUAACACAAAAGAUACCUCAGCCUUCAAUCGUUGCAUUAGAUCAAACAAAGAAGAAGAACGUUGUUUCUUAUAGCCUCUAUGGAAACAAUCCGAAAUAUGUCAUCGGUGCCAUUCGGAAUGCAGAAUUGGUAAAAUAUAUUCUUCCUGGUUGGAUUUGCAGGUUUUAUCAUGAUCAAAGCGUCCCACAAGAUAUUUUGGCAACGUUGAGAGAGAUGGGAUCUGAGCUUGUUGAUAUGUCGGCACGAGAGGAUCACUCAAAACAAGCUUAUUCUGGUACAUUUUGGAGGUUUCUGGUUGCAGAUGAUGAAACUGUCGAACGAUUCUUGGUAAGAGAUACCGACUCAAGAUUAAACCCUCGUGAGGCUGCAGCUAUCGAAGAAUGGAUUCAAAGCGGUUUCGCAGUUCAUUCUAUGAGGGAUCAUCCCAACCACAAUUACCGUUUUAAUGCAGGAAUGUGGGGUGCUGUCAGAGGAGCCAUUCCAGACAUGAAAGGGAAAAUCAAGGCAUGGUCUGAUAAAUCACAUUACAUUGCAGAUCAAACUUUCUUAGCCAAUGUAAUAUGGCCUCUUGUGAAGGACAAAACUCUGUCUCAUGAUUCUUACCAUUGCAAUGCACACCCAAAUUCUAGACCUUUUCCAACCCGACGAAUCAUGAAGGAGCAUGUAGGGCAAGUAUUUGAUCAUCUGGAAUCACCACGGUUGACAGAUAUUUCUCCCUUCUUGGACAGAGAGAGUCCAAUAAACUGCAGAAAGAAGCAAGAGUGGAAAUUUGGCUGA